UUCUUCGGCAAUGAUAAACACAAACUGUAGUGGAAGUCGUGGAAAAUAUGAAUUUAAGGAGAAAAAAAUUCCCAAAUUGUAAAAUAAGGAUCGUUAUGACUUAGAAAAAUGGAGAACGACUCGGACGAGCCAAAUCCAAUUGUGCCCCACAAUUCUGUUGUUGAUUUUCGCUUUCGUUCUUCUGUGGGAAACUCAGGAUUCUCUCGAAUAGAACGCCGUGAUGACUCUACAGAUCGACAAAACCAACCCGUUAAAAGAACCAUCAAUGACGGAAGAGCUGCCAUAGAUUCCUUGAAGUCUCGCCUUUAUGACCGACCGGAAAACUCUGAAGUUUUUCGAGCAAUGUACCGACCCGUUCCGCCAUCUUCAGUUCAGACUUCAACUCAGGGCUCACCUCAUCCACCUCCAAAGGGUGGUCCCAGGUCGACGAUGGGUAACUAUCGAACCACUAUGUUCAGAAGAGAUUUCAACAGAUUGCAAGUACAACGAAAUCAGGGUUUCCCUAAAGAAACUGUUUCAGUUAAGCAAGGAGGAGUGGAACUGGAGCAAGGAAACCUCCCAAAGCGAGAGACAAAAUUGGAUCCACAGCAUUUGAAAGUGGCAAAUGGUGCUGCCUUUUCGAGUCUAGAGGAAGACAACACUGCAUCUAAUGAUGCAGAAAACUUACAUUUGGAUCAGAGAAGUGAAUUUUCUAACAGCGAAAGACUGGUUGAUCAGGUAUCAUCAGCUGGAUCGUUUGUUAAGAGUGUUGACGAAACCGACUCUGUGACCUCAAGUAAAACUGCGAGUAAUAGACCUCUCUCUCACAAAUUACGGGCUUCCUCUGGAAAAUUGCACCCUCCUCCACCUAGAGGCCUAAAACCAGACUUCAAAGGAAAUAAACCAAAGUCUCUUUCACAGGGAAUACUAAGUGAUGAAGAAUUGAUCAACUGUGACGUAUCAGAUGUGAUUAUGAAGCUGCGCCAAAGGUUAAACAUGAGCACAGAUCUUGAUGCAAUUGCCAAUGGGGAGGAUCCAGACGAGGAUGAUAACAAUAUCAAUCGAUUAUACAUCCGAGAAGAUGAUGGGAAAUUUGUGUAUUGUCUUCCAAAGAACCGAGCUGUGAGAGCUGCACAGUACAAUCCUUAUGACUUGGUUUGUGUGACGUCACAGGAAGCCCAGUCAAACCCGCAGUAUUUUACCGUCACUGCUUCAGCUGUUACACAGGUCAGAAAAGGAUUUGAUUCGGAACUUACGCCAUUAAAGAGGUGGCUUUAUGAGAGGAAAAUAUUUAAUAUAAUAUUUGGUUUUCCGACCUUCACCAAGUUUAGAUUGAGGAAAGGUUAUACAAGUUGGAGGAACAAUGUCAGAUUUCAGAGAAAUUGCAGCAGCAGAUCUGAAGUUGUCAGUUCACUCUUUUCGGCAACAGAAGCCUCACAACAAGCUAUUCUCCUUGUAAGAGCUCUAUGCGAGAAAGCCAGCAGCAGUAUAACAGGAUUAGGUGAAGGAGAGGAAGGAAUUUGUCUCCUUCAUGUUGAUCCUCAGAAAACAUUUACUCUGAAGGAAUUUGUGGAUGCACAGACAAAACAAGCACAAGAGGCUAAGGAAAAGCUUACUGCCUUGAGGGUAAAAGUACUAGAGAUUGUAAAAGAGGCCUGCGAGAAAAUUACGGAAGAAGAAGGACUUACGGAAUGGGUUCACCCAGAACGAAAAAAAGAACAAAAAAAGAAAAAGAAGCCAGCCGACACAGAAGGCAAGAAAAAGAAAGGCAAGGUUCGAUAUGGACCUUCUUUCACUCAGAUGUCUCAAUGGAGAGGAGUCCUCCAUCGUUUGACUUGUUUCAUCAGAAUGAUUGACUUUCUGGUGAUGGAGCUUCUAAGGAGGCUCGUACUAACUGCAUCGAGGACUCUUUUAGCUCAAGUUAAAGCUGCUUCCAUGCUAGGAUCUAUUGUGCACCUGAGUCUGAUGGAACCAACCCUUGAGAGAGAGGAGAAGAAAAAUAUUGUUAAAUUUGGCACAGAUGACGAGGAAGAAAAAAAAGCAGUUCCACUCCUACUGGUGGAGCUGGUUUUAAAUGUUCCUCCUGCUGAGGAAGGAGGAGUUGAUAACAAGACAGUCUCAUUUGAAGUUCAAUCUGCCCAAAGACCACAGACAGGGGGGAAAUCAACACCUUACACAGGCGAUGGAACGUCAUUUGAUGAUGACACCAUGACUAUCAUAUCUGGAAAAGAUCCUUCAGUUAUGUCAACUAGCAGUCAAACCUCAUUGACAUCCAGAUCUUUUGUUUCUCUCAAACCUACCGAACAGGAUUUUGAAACCGCUCUUCAAGACAUUAUAUAUGGCUUUGAACAAACUGCAGCUUCCUUCAAAAGUCUGGUCCAUGAUCCACAAUUGUCGGUUUAUGUCAAUCCUCCAGCCGGCGAUGUAGUAUAUGCUUUGUCACGUGAUGUGGAUGAGGAGGAGAGGGUCAGGAAGAUUCCGUGGCCAGAUUCAGAGCUGCUGUUUGGCCAAGAUCCUGAUUAUCAGAAUGACGUUGGUCUAAUGUUUCAUCAGAUCAACGAUGAAGUGGAUAAUGUACUAAAUUUUUCAAAGAAAUACAAGAAAUUUUGUGUUAUGGUGGACAAGUCACGCAGAGUAGAUGUCGAUGGCUCCCUCAAAGAGAGGGAAUGGAACACGGAAGAGUUCUAUGUUGUUCUCAACCAACACACGGAAGAGGUUCUUGAGAUGUCCAAGAUGGUGCUGCACAAAAGACUUGGAUUGUUUCAGGUGGACAUCACUGGAUUUCAAAGCGACUGUCUUCCUUACCUAGAGAAGGUUCUUGAAGCAGUGGCUCGCCACCUUCCUGUCAUGGCGGCUAAAAGAAAUGACGUCUUGCUGAAUGUUAUCAAGCAUGCUUCAAGGAAGCUUGAUAAAAUGCCAGAGACUGUAGAAGCCUUCGUGGAGCAUCUGAUCUUCUUGUCGCGAAUGGGCAAUGAGAUCUCAGCUCUAGAAGAGGAAUAUAACAUUGUAACGCGCAUGUAUAGCAUCGCACGGAACUUUGAUAUGACGAUAUCAGCGGAGGAGCUGGCUUUGUAUCAGACGCUGAUGCCGAGUUUUCAACAUUUGAAGUCAACCAUUCUGUACUGCGAGGCAAAGAAGGAUCAAAAUAUCCAGAGGCACAGUAGAGCUCUUAAUGAACUGAUCAGCACAGUUCGACGUGAACUGGUUAUCAUUAAAAACAAGGUUUGUUCUCCUGCCUUGCUGGAUGCUGACAAUAUUCCUCAAGUCGCCACAGAGAAGUUGAAACUGUUGAAAGAAGACCUGGCUAACUUGUCAACCAAGGCUCGUAACUAUGUUGCAUAUCAGGAACGCUUUGGAAGUUCUAUGUCGUCUUCUCUGCAGAAGAAGGCUUUGACCGAGGGAGCCAUUCUCACCAUGACAGGUCACUCUAGUCCUCAGGCCACUUCUCUGCAAUCUGAGGUGACAGAAGUUGAGAAGGACUUGACUCUAAGGUGCCUUUUAUGGGAGUCUUUGCAGGAGUGGCAAGGAUUGGUCGAUCAGUGGGAGGCCACACCAUUUGAGACCCUAAACGUAGACGAAGUACAGCGAGAUGUCACAAGGUUUAUACAGACAGUGUUCUUGCUGGAGAAAGGUCUUCCACCUACCAAAGUUGUACCAAGAAUAAAACAGAAGGUGGUGAGCUUUAAGCAAGGCAUGCCAGUCAUUACGAGUCUAAGAAAUCCUGCGCUGAGAACCAGACACUGGGAAGCUAUCCAAAAUGUUAUUGGAACACGUAUCGUUCGCGACAAGUACUUCACAUUGGGACACUUACUACAACUCAAGGUGUUUCAACACAAGGAGAAGAUUUCGGACAUAUCUUCAUAUGCAAGCAACGAGGCAACGCUGGAGCAAAUGCUGCAAAAGGUGAUGGACUAUUGGAACCAUACAGACUUCCAGCUGUCAGCCCACACAAGCCGUGACAUUGCCAUUAUCACGGGUGCUGAUGAUAUUAUUACAGCUGUAGAGGAAAGCCAGGUCACGCUUUCUAACAUCAGAGGGUCGCGGUUUGUCACGCCAAUCAAGGCUUUGGUUGAAGAUUGGGACAGAAAAUUGAAACUGUUUGCGAGAACACUGGAUGAAUGGCUUCUCUGUCAGCGGAACUGGCUUUAUCUUGAGACAAUUUUUUCUGCUGCCGACAUACAAAGGCAACUUCCAAAUGAAGCCCGCCUGUUUGCCCAAGUCGACAAAUCCUGGAGAGACAUUAUGAGAAGAACGAUUGAUAAACCGAAUGCUUUUAAGGCCUCAACAGCUGCAGGUGUGCUGGAAGUAUUGCAAACAAGUAACUCGCAUUUAGAGAAAAUUCACAGAUGUUUAGAGGACUACCUUGAAACAAAGAGAUUGGUGUUUGCGAGAUUUUACUUCCUUAGCAACGAAGACUUGCUUGACAUAUUGGCCAAUAGCAAGAACCCCAAUGCUGUCCAGCCUCACUUGAGAAAAUGUUUUGGCAACAUUUAUCAGCUGAGCAUUGUUCGUCAAGCGCACUCUCCAGCGCAGAUCCAGAACAUGACUUCAGAGGAAGGGGAAAGUGUAUUACUGCCCAAAACUUUAAGAGCGAGGGGAACUGUGGAGUCGUGGUUGUUCGGUGUCGAACUCGCUAUGUACGAGACUGUCAAGAUGCACUUAAGAAAGUGUUUAGUGGAUUAUGGCACGAGGGAGUAUUCUGAGUGGGUUUUGGCUCAUCCAGGACAAGCAAUACUGACUGUUUCUCAAAUUGUCUUCAAUCGUGACGUACUGACGUGUUUCCGUACGACAAAACCCAAAGAAGCUCUUCAGAACAAGAGAGAAAAACUAGUCUCGGUCCUCCACAGUUUAUCACAGAUGGUAACGUCAUCACUAGUCCCUCAUCAGCACCAAACACUAGAAGCUCUGUUAACAAUUGAUGUGCAUGCCCGUGAUGUCCUGGACUCCAUGAUUGCUAAUCAGGUCUAUCAGAUGGAGGAUUUUCAGUGGACCAGGCAACUACGUUACGAGUGGAAUGACGAGCGGCAAGCCUGUAUGGUCCGUCACAGCAAUGCAGUGUUUGAGUAUGGCUAUGAAUAUCUUGGCUGUUCUCCGCGGCUUGUCAUUACCCCACUGACUGACAGAUGUUAUCUAACACUGACUGGAGCGCUCAAUCUUCACCUUAAUGGCGCUCCUGCUGGACCAGCUGGUACUGGUAAAACAGAAACUGUUAAGGAUCUUGGAAAGGCCAUGGGAAAACAGUGUCUUGUGUUCAACUGUUCUGAAGGACUUGAUUAUAAGAUGAUGGGCAAGUUUUUCUCCGGUUUGGCUCAAUCUGGAUCAUGGUUCUGCUUUGAUGAGUUCAAUCGUAUUGAUGUAGAAGUGUUAUCAGUCAUCGCUCAACAGCUUCACACCAUUAAAACGGCUAAAGAUAAUAACGUUACCAGGUUUCUGUUUGAAGGACGUGACAUCAAACUUAAUGCCAAUUGUGGAAUGUUUAUUACUAUGAACCCAGGGUAUGCGGGUAGAGUCGAGUUGCCCGACAAUUUGAAAUCCUUAUUCCGUCCGGUUGCCAUGAUGGUACCCGACUAUGCUUUAAUCGCCGAAAUAAUUCUGUUUUCUGAAGGAUUCACCGCAGCUGCAUUGUUAUCGGGAAAAGUCGUGAAUCUUUAUCAACUUGCAAGCAAGCAGCUUUCUCAACAGGAUCACUAUGACUUCGGACUUCGAGCUAUAAAAUCAGUUCUUCUUAUGGCUGGACAGCGCCGAAGGGCUGCAAGUCUAAACAUGGCGUCUGAGACGCUGGAAGAAGAAGAUUCACAUUUGAUUAUUAACGCAGUCAAGGAUGCCAACAUUCCCAAGGUUGUCGCAGAGGAUGCUGAACUGUUCAAGAGCAUCUUGGCAGACUUGUUUCCAGGUUUAGAUCCACCAGUUCCCGACAAUAAGCUACUGAAGUUGAAACAGCGACCGUGACAGAAGACGCUAGUAACAUGAACAGAGCGGAGACGCCCAUUUCUUGGCACUGGAUUGUGAUGGACGGACCUGUGGAUACACUCUGGAUUGAAAACCUCAACACCGUGUUGGAUGACACAAAGGUGUUGUGUCUUGCCAAUGGUGAGAGGAUAGGAAUGGGUCACGGGAUGAGGAUUUUAUUUGAGGUUGAUAAUUUGGCCAUGGCAUCUCCUGCAACAGUCAGUCGCUGUGGAAUGGUGUACAUGGAACCUAAGGAUCUAGGUUGGAAACCGUACGUAAAAACAUGGAUCCAAAGGCUGAAAGAGCAAACAAAGCUCCCUGGAGAGGUUUUCAUUCAUCUUCUCCAGUUAUUUGAACACAGUGUAGACACAGGACUGCGCUUCCUUUCCAACUACAAAAAUGUACAACACAUCACAGCACCGGAUCUUAGCAUUGUUUCUACUCUCUGCAGCAUAAUCACCGGUUUUUUAGAAAUCAUGAAUAGCCAGGGCGGUCUCAUUGCUGGUGAGGUUCCGAAUACUGCCGAAGAUGGAGCAGAGCUGUCGGAAACGACUUCGGCUAAAACCGUCACGUUCGCUGAUAACUCCGAACACGAAAUCAACCCUAUUCGGAAAGUGUCUUUCAUCCAACGCAAUCCUUCCCAACUUUUAAGCUUUCUCGGAAAAGUAUAUGUUUUCGCAUAUACCUGGGCGUUUGGGGGAAAUCUUCGGUAUGAAACUGUUGUCGAAGAUGAAGAAUAUGAAGAUGCCUUUGCAAAGGACAGUCCUCGAAUUUGGGAAUUGUUUGAUACAAUGACCCGUGAUUUGUUUGAUAUCGACUCUCCGAUCGGUGUUCGAUUGCCGCCUGGAAACGAGAGCAUGGCUAAUUACUACAUUGACAUGGAGAGCGGACAGUUUUCCCUGUGGAGCAAUCUUGUUCCUUCGACUCGCGCAUUGAUAGCAAAGGCAGUGUCGAGUCAAUUUGCCAUCUCGGAUACUCUUAACACUCUAGACGAUCCUCCACCGAUGAAAAAUCAACUUGACAUCGAUCGUUCCCUCGUACCAACCGUUGACACGGUCCGAUACGCUUUUCUCCUUUCGUUGUUAGCGUUAAACGGACGGCCGGUUUUGCUAACCGGCGAAACUGGUGUUGGGAAAAGUGCACUGAUCCAAGACACGUUGGUCCGGUUGUCCCAACCGGGUGGGAGUGGAACUAGUACGGGGACCAUCCUAGGUGCAGUGUUUCGAACAGGAGGGAUGACUUUGGUGGACAGCAUUAUGGAUAUUACAGACGCUGAAGGGGUGAAGGGUGAAAGACGCAGCUCCGAGGUAGUGUUCAACUCUAUGCUUUUUUCGGCUUAUACAAGUUCUUCAAAGGCGCAGAAGUUUAUCGAGUCCAAGUUAGUGAAGAGAGGAAGGGACGUCGUGGGACCGAGACCAGGAAAGAAGGUUCUCCUCUUUGUUGACGACCUCAAUAUACCUCAACCUGAUGCGUACCAGUCCCAGCCCCCACUCGAGUUGCUUCGUCAGUUUCUGGAUUCUCGGGGAUUCUAUGACUCUAAGAAACUUCAGUGGAAAGAAGUUCAUGACGUGACGCUUCUAGCUGCUUGUGCACCCCCAGGGGGUGGCAGAAGUGCUAUAAAUGGUCGAUUGCUGAGGCAUUUCAGUGUACUCUACCUUCCUCAUCCCAACUCCACGUGGCUGCAUCACAUCUACGUCACUCAGCUGGGACGCUUCUUGGAGAAAGCCGACUUUGCACUUGAUGUACGGGACGCCUGUCAGGACCUGGUGACUACUGCUAUGGGCCUGUACUUUGAACUUAGUGCCAACCUCCUCCCCACCCCUACGAAAUCUCAUUAUACCUUCAAUCUGCGCGACUUAAACAAAGUUAUAGAGGGCUUGCUGCAGGCAAACCCAUUCGUCAUCACGUCACGUGACCACUGCGCUCAGCUGCUUGGCCACGAAGCCUCACGAGUGUUGCACGAUCGGCUCACGAACGAUGCCGACCGACGGUACUUCUUCAAAGUGUUGUCUGAACAGCUCCACAAUGGGUUCAAGACACGCUGGACUGCCGAGGAACUGGAAAAAACGCCGCUGAUCUUUGGGGAUUUUCUGGAAGGAAGUGAAGCCUACAGCUCUCGGCUGUAUCGCUCUGUGCGGCAAUAUGAUCGAUUGCCGCAGAUCUUAGAGGAAUACUACGACAAAGCCAACCUAUCAGGGGGGAGUGUGGAGCAUCGUUUUGUAUUCUUUAACAUGGCAGUGCAGCACGUGACUCGGGCAGCGCGUGUUUUCCGUCAGCCUGGGAAGCACAUGCAGAUGGUCGGCGUGGGGGGUACAGGCAAGGCUACGGUUGCAAAGCUAGCGGCGUAUAUUGAAGACUGCGCCUUCUUUAGACCUUAUGUAUCACGAGUAUACAACUUGUCGGAGUUUAGAGACGAUGUGAAGAAAGCGUGUACUGUGGCCGGAGUGAAGGGAAAAAACACUGUGCUUUUUCUGUCAGACAAUUUGGUUAAGGACGAAUUCCUUGAAGAUGUGACUAGUAUCUUAGCUGGAGCUGAUAUAGCCAGCUUUUACGACCAUGAAGAUGUCGAACUUAUCUCUUUGGAUCUCAAAAAAGAAGCAAUACUUCAAGGCGUUUCAGACACGAAAGAUGCCAUCUUUCAGUUCUUCCUUGAACGCGUCAAGCAGAAGUUACACAUGGUCUUGUCCACCACCCCUGCGGGAUCCAGUUUCCGGCGGCGUUGCCGCCUGUACCCACCCCUCAUAAACUGUUGUACAAUUGACUGGUUUGACAAAUGGCCUUUGGAUGCGCUUCAGUCAGUGGCCGUGUCUUUUCUAGAGCUUUUAGAUUUGGGGAAAGAUCCAGAGUCGAAUAGCGCUCUACUGGGAAGUGUUUCUAAAGUCUUUGUCGAGGUUUACAACAGCGUUGAACAGGAGACACAGAAGUUUCAUGAAGAGGUGCGCCGACGAUAUUACACGACUCCGACAAGUUACAUGGAGUUUGUGCGCUUGUAUCUGUGUAAAUUAAACGAUAAGCGAGCCGAAUUGAGUUUUAACCGUGAUAGAUUGUGUACCGGUUUACAAAAGCUGUCAGAGACAAAUGAAUUGGUGGGCACGAUGCAAACUGAAUUGUUACAGCUCGGACCUAAACUAGAGCAAAAAGCUAAGGACACAGAAAAGCUACUUGAACAGCUCGCCAGCGACCAGGAAGCAGUAGAUCAAGUGCACAGUGUGGUACAAAAAGAGGAAGAAAUCAUGAAUGAGGAAGCCCUAAGAGUGCAGGCGAUAGCGGAGGAAGCUCAGAGGGACCUAGAGGGAGCCUUACCGCAGUUACAAGCAGCUGUUGAGGCCCUAGAUUCGCUGGACAAAUCCGACAUUUCUGAGAUCCGAGUGUACACGAAGCCUCCUACUAUGGUGAUGACAGUGCUUUCGGCAGUCUGUGUCCUGCUGCAGCAGAAACCUGACUGGAAUUCGGCUAAACUGUUGCUAGGUGAUCAGGGAUUCUUGAAAAAACUUGUUGGUUAUGACAAGAACAGUAUCCCUGACAAGGUCUUCACGCGCCUCAAACGAUACACUCAGCAUCCGGAAUUUAACCCAGAGGCUGUGGGUAAGAUAUCAGUGGCUUGUAAGUCUAUGUGUCAGUGGGUGCUGGCGCUAGAGAAUUACGCUGAGGUGUACAAAAUCGUGCAACCCAAACAGAGAAGAUGCGAAGAAGCGCAAGCUGCUCUGGCCAUCGCCAAAGAAAAUCUACAACAGAAGCAGCUAAGUCUGCUGAAAAUUCAGGAACAGCUUCAGCUUCUCAAGCAACAGUAUGAUGGCAGUGUGGCACAACUGGAAGAACUCAAACAGAAGAAGGAGCUUACUAUCGUCAGGCUCCAGAGGGCUUCAGUUCUUACUGCAGCCUUGGCUGAAGAGCAGGUUCGCUGGAGCAACUCGGUUAACUCUCAAGAGGAAGACGCCAAGGGUCUUAUAGGCGAUACACUGGUAUCUUCUGCGGCUGUGGCUUACCUGGGCGCGUUCACGUCAUCCUACAGGCAUCGGCUUCUCUCACACUGGCUGCAGCUCUGUAAAGCGGAGAAGAUCCCAGUGUCGCAACAUUUUGAACUAACAGAGUUUCUGUCUGAGCCGAUUGAAGUUCAAAAUUGGCUGAACAAGGGACUGCCUCAUGAUAAACACUCCAUUGAGAAUGCUGUACUCAUCAAGCAUUGUCGCCGCUGGCCACUCUUGAUCGACCCGCAGGAGCAAGCCUCUAAGUGGAUCACGCAGACUGAAAAAGAUAACGGGCUCAAGAUUGUCAAGGCCUCGGAUCCAGGCUAUCUCAGAACAUUAGAGAGCGCCAUACCGUUAGGUCAACCAGUUCUUGUUGAGGAUUUGGGGGAAAACUUGGACCCGUCGCUAAACCCAAUCCUGGGAAAAAAUACUAUUACGCGAGGAAAUCAGGAAGUGAUGGUAAUUGGUGACACUGAGAUCGAAUACAAUAGCAACUUCCGGCUAUACAUGACCACACCCUUGGCUAACCCGCACUUUCUACCGGAAGUGUGCAUUAAAGUCACGGUGAUCAACUUCACUGUCACGCUGGAUGGAUUGCAGGACCAGUUACUGUCACGUGUAGUCCAGAAGGAAAGACCGAAGUUAGAGGAGAGCAGGAAAGAGUUACUUCACGGCUUGGUAACCGAUCGUUAUAAGUUAAGAGAAUUAGAAGAUCGAUCGCUGUCUCUGCUUCAUCAGUCACAUGGUAACAUCCUGGACGACGAAGACCUGAUCUCCACUCUGGAUGACAGCAAGAAAGUGGCAAAUGUCAUUCACACGCGUGUCGUCCAAUCAGAAGAGACCGAGGAGAAGAUUAACCUCAGUCGAGAGAAGUACCUUCCCGUGGCCACCCGGGGUGCGGUGUUGUAUUUUGUUCUCACAGAUUUAGCUUACGUGGAUGUUAUGUACCAGUUUUCUCUGCCCUGGUUUACAGAUCUCUUUGACGGCUGCCUUGAAUCCGCUCAGGAGCCAGCGCAGACUACGAGAGGCGAGUCACCUAUAAGGCCUGGUAGCGCAGGAACGCUCCGACCUAUACGUAAAGAUAAACUAGCUGUAUCAACUGCGAGUCGACCCGGGUUUAAACGUAGACAAACUGCUAACCGACCCAAAGAUGCAACUGAGUUGCCAGAGUAUCUUGAAGCCUUGGUAGAGGUGCUAACAGAGAGUGUCUACCGGGUAGUUUCGUACGCACUGUUUGCAUGUCACAAACUUACGUUUUCUUUUAUGUUAUGUGCGGGAAUCAUGCGUCGUGGUAGGUCUACAUCACGUGACAAAGCCAUCGACGAGGAGGAGUGGAAUUGGUUCUUUCGUGGAUCAGCAGUCGCUGCCAUAACAGACAGACUCGAGAGUGAAGAGGAGUUGAAUAGGUCUUGGAUGGGCUCUCAGACGACAGCCGCGGGAAGCCUGGGUCAAUACAUGUCGAAAAUGAACAAAUCUCCAGCAAAGUGGAUAACUGAGUCUACUUGGAAGGAAUGUCUACAGCUGUCAGCUUCAAUUCUGGCGUUUUCUGGCUUAUGCAGUAACAUUGCAGUGAAUGGCGCCUUUUGGAGCAAGUUCUCGGCGAGCGAGAAUCCAUUCAAAUUCAUUGAAAAUGAAGGAGAGCUCGAAAAUGAUAAGACUACCUCAACAGAAGAUCACCACCCUCCCCAGCUCGGCUGGAACGUAUCCAGUCUCUCCAGGUUUCAGCGCCUUAUCAUCGUCAAAGUGCUGCGGCCCGAAUGUCUCGUUGACUCCGUCAGACUGUUUGUGGAACAACAAAUGGGGCCCAAGUUUGUCACGAGCUUUGGGUUUGAUCUACAGGAAGUAUUUGAAGAGUCCAGUUGUCGGAAACCACUCAUCUUUAUCUUGUCUCCAGGUUCAGAUCCAACCUCGCAGCUCAUGCGGUUUGCCCGGGAAACUCGAGGGACCUCUUUACAUCUGGACAUCAUUUCACUAGGAAAGGGUCAGGGCCCAAGAGCUGAAGAGGCAAUCACCAAAGCUUACCAACAGAAAGGAAAGUGGGUGUUCCUACAGAAUUGUCACCAUGCUGCUUCAUUUAUGCCACGUCUCCAAAUGAUUGUGGGAAGGAUAUCUCAUCCGGGAACAAGAGUGGAUCCGAAUUUCCGGAUGUGGCUGAGCUCCAAACCAGACCCCUCCUUUCCAGUGUCCAUCCUACAGGCUGGACUCAAGAUGACGGUGGAACCUCCCCCAGGGAUCAAAGCCAACCUGCUACGAUCUUUAGGGGGAGUGGGUGGGGUGGUGACCGAGUCUAUGUGGGAGGACUCGGGGCCAGGGCCGAGUUGGAAGAGACUUGUGUUCGGUUUGUGUUUCUUCAAUGCAAUUGUGCAUGAAAGGAAGAAAUUUGGAGCCUUGGGGUGGAAUAUCCCGUAUGAAUUCACUGCCUCGGAUCUUGAGGUGUCGAUUUUGAUGCUUCACAUGCUACUAACUGAGCAUCACGAGGUGCCCUGGAAAGCCAUCAGAUACUUGACGGGUGAGAUCGUGUAUGCGGGCCGAGUCACAGACAACUGGGACCAGCGUUGCUUGCAGAGUAUCCUGGGAAACUUUUACACUCCACUGGCCUUGCAAGAGAGCUAUGGUUACACUUUAGACUAUGUGUACCGUCCACCUCCCCCUGAAAUCUCCUUGUCAGUUUGCUGUGAGUACAUUGAAGGUCUCCCUGCUGCCGAUGCGCCUGAACUCUUCGGAAUGGAUCAGAAUGCAGAAACAGCUUACCUCGCUGGCCAAGGAAGAGCAUUCAUAGCUGACCUUUUAGCAGCCCAGCCUCGUCUCACCGCAUCCAUAGGCUCAAACAAAACUAAUGACGACACAGUCAUGGAUCUUGUGAAUGACACAUUAAAGUACCUCCCUCCACGGGUGGACUUCAACUCUAAUGGCGUUACAGCUGAUCAAGGGAACCUAAGGCGUGGAUCUGUUUCUCCAGACCGCCUGAGGCAGAUGGCUGAGAAGAAGCUAUCCCAGGAUCCUUUGGCCGAUCACGCGAAUCAGUCUGCAUACGUCACAGUUUUAAGACAGGAACUAAACCGGUUUGACCGGUUGUUGGGGAUCAUUUACACGUCACUUUCAUCGUUGCGACUGGCCGUUAAAGGGGAAGUGCUCAUGUCUGAACAGUUAGAGGAGGCGUAUGACGCGUUGCUUAGCAACCGCGUUCCAAAGGCUUGGGAGCAAGCGGCGUAUGAAUCCUGCAAACCGCUGGGAGCCUGGGUUGACAAUCUUGCCAAAAGAGUGGAUUUUUUUAGCUCCUGGUUAGACUUGGUCAGGAAUGACAAAAGAUCAAAGUCCUGGGUGUCUCGUGAGACUGGCGUUAUGCCGACACCAACUUCCAGCCAGUCAUCGAUGUCUACACCUCUACCACGUGAUCACCCUAUUGCGUUUUGGUUACCAGCUUUUUUUUUCCCGCAAGGUUUUCUCACAGCUAUACUACAGACACAUGCCCGACAGCGCAACCUCCCAGUUGACUCGUUAAGCUUCCGGUACCAAGUACUGAAUGAAAAAUGGACGAACGAUGAACGAGUUCACAGUGAGAGCGACGUCGAUUGCAAGAGAGUCGCUUUCCAGGGUACUCCUCCAGACGAAGGCUCUCUUGUGUUUGGACUUUAUUUGGAUGGAGCAUCAUGGGAUUUCAAGCGAGGAUGCUUGCAAGAAUCUCUUCCUGGCCAGCGGUUUUACCCUCUACCCCAGCUACUCGUCAGUCCGAUACAGCAAAACCUAUCAACAACACCUGAUGGAAAAGACAAAGAGGAUGCAGAGGAAGACCUUCACACGUACGAAUGUCCGUUGUACAGAACUUCUCUUCGUGCCAGUUCCCUCACGUCCACCGAUCACCCUACUAACUUCGUCACGUCUGUGAAUCUGCAGUCUGUUCAGCCAGCGGACUAUUGGAUUACCCGUGGCGUGGCUCUUCUCUGUCAACUGGACGAUUGAUGUCACUUUUCCAGUGUGAUAUAAAUUUCGUGAAAAAUUUUGUAAAGAAGAGGUUGUAAACGAGUUGUUGAACAAUAUCAUUUUCUGAUUUUCGAGGUCCUACUUCUGCUAAGUGCUUUAAAAUACGAGCCAUUUCAACGAUGAUUUUCGAUUUUAGCUGCCACCAAGGUUUUUUGCAGAUAUUUAUCAUGAUUUAGAUUAAACCUCACGGUUUUUGUCCCAAAAUCCCAACAGUUUCCUUCCAUCCUACUGAAUGCAUCUCUCAUUUUCGAGGGACAUUCAUUUAUUCGAUCCAAUUGGAAUGACAGAUCAGUUCUUUUAAACAAUUCAAAAUCGCUGAAAAAAGCCCUAAUUCGCUUCGUGGAGGGGUUUUCACCGCGAACGAGUGAACAGACUUGAAGAGAGAAACAGUGUGAUGUAACACAGCUCCUUCACUGCUUUUACAUACAUUUGAAGGUUUUUAUUUACUUUUACUUCGUGUUUAUAAACGCGAUGGUUAACUCUUGUCAAUAUUUAAAACACAUUCGUAGCCUCCGUGUUUAGUUGUUUAUAAAAAAAAAAGUGUGAAAAGAAAAAUAGAAUAUACCAUGAACUGUACAGUACUCUUACGUUAUAAUGUGUGCAUAUUUUUUUCAUUUUACUGUAAAUAAAGUUAAUUUUUUAUCCCUUAAA